AUGGACGUCGAGGAGUUCCGUGUACGGGGUAAAGAAAUGGUUGACUACAUCUGCACCUACAUGACGACCCUGUCGAAGCGGAGGGUCACUCCGUCGGUCGAGCCCGGCUACCUCCGCACUGAAUUACCGACGGAAGCCCCUUUCCUUCCUGAAAAUUUUAGUGACGUGAUGAAAGAUGUGGAGAAUAAGAUCAUGCCGGGCGUCACGCAUUGGCAGCACCCUCGGUUCCAUGCAUACUUCCCAUCGGGCAAUGGCUACCCCUCAAUACUUGGUGACAUGCUCUCCGCUGGCAUCGGCUGCAUCGGAUUCUCAUGGGCCGCGAGUCCGGCUUGCACGGAAUUAGAAAUUAUAAUGUUGGAUUGGAUGGGAAAAGCUAUUGGGUUACCUCCCGCUUUUCUGCAACUUGAGGAAGGUAGCAAAGGCGGUGGCGUUAUUCAGGGAUCAGCCAGCGAGUGUGUACUUGUGUGCAUGCUAGCCGCAAGGGCUGCAGGGAUCAAGCGAUUGAAGCAUCAAUUCCCGACCGUCGAUGAGGGGCUGUUACUUUCAAAGUUAAUUGCAUAUUGUUCCAAAGAAGCACACUCUUGUGUUGAGAAAGCUGCUAUGAUAAGUUUUGUUAAAAUGCGUAUUCUACAGCCGGAUGAACACGGAUCACUUAGAGGGGACACAUUAAGAGAAGCAAUGGAGGAAGAUGAAGAAGCGGGGCUAGUCCCAUUUUUCGUUGCAGCAACCCUAGGAACAACAGGGACUUGUGCAUUUGAUAAUUUACCCGAAAUUGGACCAGUAGUACGAAAAUUUCCUAGCGUUUGGCUGCAUGUAGACGCUGCUUACGCUGGCAGCUCAUUUAUAUGUCCUGAACAUAAAUAUCACCUGGCAGGAAUUGAAUAUGCUGACUCAUUUAAUACUAAUUCAAAUAAAAUGAUGCUCACUAACUUUGAUUGUUCUUUAAUGUGGGUCACAAACCGAUACUUAUUGACAUCCGCUUUAGUUGUCGAUCCGUUGUAUUUACAACAUUGUUAUGACGGUACCGCAAUCGAUUACCGCCACUGGGGAAUACCGCUCAGUCGUCGCUUCAGAUCACUGAAGUUGUGGUUCAUGUUGAGGAGUUAUGGAAUCAGUGGUCUGCAGAAAUAUAUACGGCGACAUUGCGAACUCGCUAAGUACUUUGAACAACUUGUUAAAAAGGACAAGAGAUUCGAAGUUUGCAACCAAGUUAAGUUGGGAUUAGUAUGCUUUCGCUUGGUAGGGAGUCGCGAAGAAAAUGAGCAACAAGUUGAUGAGUUGAACAAGAAACUGCUUACUAACAUCAAUGCAUCUGGCAAGCUCCACAUGGUGCCCUCUUCUUUUCGUGAUCGAUACGUGAUUCGUUUCUGUGUUGUUCACCAACACGCUACCCGUGAAGAUAUUGAAUAUGCUUGGGAUACCAUAACUGACUUCGCAGCAGAAUUAUACGAAGGUCCCGAUAAGGAAAGGGAUUUGAAUGAGGAACGGGCACGCAAGCAUCUGCAAGCUCUCGCUCAUAAGCGUUCAUUCUUCGUACGUAUGGUGAGCGACCCGAAGAUCUACAAUCCUGCCAUUAACAAGACCCCGCCGCCAAUCCCAACCAGCCCCACAACCCCACCAGCACCCGCCACCCCUGAUACACCAUCGGAAACCGAUCCGAAUACACCGAAACAAUCUUCGUGGAUAAGUUGGCCACUUGCUUUCUUCUUCCAAAGCGUUGACCAUGAUUCUAAUGAUUUGCCAUUGAGGUUCCGUCAUUUAGAUACGAUGGUACGUCUAAAGAGCCCACAGGUACGCCGAGGUUCAUCGCCAGGCGUGUCCCCCGAGCGUCGGCCUUCUCCUGCAAACUGA